UGCCCGCCCCGACCACCUGCCCCUCUCUCCCGGGGCCCGGGCCCCAUCGGUCCCAGGGGCUUUAACGCAUCUUCCAGGUGCUCGGAUCCCCGCCUCCGCCAGGCCCCUCACGCGUGCCGCCCUCCAAGCCCACGUCCCUCCGCCCCGCGCUCGCCGCCUGGGCCGGGAGGGCGGGCUCGGCUCCCGGGAAGAGGGGAGAGCGAGGGCGGCCGCCGGGGCCGGAGAGGGGCGGGCCGGGCUGGGAGAGACGCGGAGGGGCGGGCUGGGCUGCGCUUGCUCCAGCCGCCUCUUGGGAGCAGAGCUGCGGGCGGCGGGACCCGCGACCCAGCUGGGCAACAGCGAGCGCAACUGGGCGCCCCCCGCACGAAUCCCGGUGCCCCCCACCCUCAGAGCAGCGGCCCCGCCGCCAGCCCCCGCCUCCCGGCUGCCCCGAGCCCCAGAGACGCGCCGCGCGGGCGCACCCGGGCAGCGGAGAGCGGGGUCCCCGCACCCGAGCGGAGGCGCGGGCGGCGCCGGGCGAACGCCGGGCCUUGGGGGGCGCAGACCUGCGGAGCCUGCGGCCUGCGAAAGACACUCCUUCGGCUCUGACAUGGGGGUCCUGCUUUAGGGGUCCUCGCAGAGCCGGGGCUCCCAGCCUUCUGCAGAGGUUUGCCCACCCCUCCAGUGGCAUCUCUCCAAUCCUGGUGGAGCUGGGAGGAGCAAGGAGGUUAAUCCCACACCUGCCCCCGGCUCCCCACAGCUCUCCAGCCCCCCACCGCAUCACCACAGGAAGCAAGUUUGGCUGCAGUCCCCUGUCUCACAAAGCAGCAGCCCUGCCUGGGCACAGGGUGGCAGCCAGGGCAAUGGUGGGAGCCCCGAAGAUGCCCCAUGGCUGCUGAGGGUGCUGCCCAGUCAGGGAGUCGAGUGGCGGGCAUGGUGUGCAGCCUCCGGGUCCUGCUCCUGGUGUCCUCUGUUCUGGCUCUGGAAGAUGUAUUGCUGGACACCAGCGGAGAGACGUCUGAGAUAGGCUGGCUCACCUACCCACCAGGUGGGUGGGACGAAGUGAGCGUUCUGGAUGACCAGCGACGCCUGACUCGGACCUUCGAGGCCUGUCACGUGGCAGGGUCCCCGCCGGGCACCGGGCAGGACAACUGGCUGCAGACACACUUUGUAGAGCGACGCAGCGCCCAGAGGGCACACAUCCGACUCCACUUCUCCGUGCGGGCUUGCUCCAGCCUGGGGGUGGCUGGGGGUACCUGUCGGGAGACCUUCACACUGUACUACCGCCAGGCGGAGGAGCCCGAUGGCCCCGACAGUGCUUCAGCCUGGCACCUCAAACGCUGGACCAAGGUGGACACGAUUGCAGCGGACGAGAGCUUUCCUGCCCCCUCUGCCUGGGCAAUGGAGCCCCAUGGGCCGGGGCCGAGGGCUGGGCUACAGCUGAACAUCAAAGAGCGGAGCUUCGGCCCCCUGACCCAGCGUGGCUUCUACGUGGCCUUCCAGGACACCGGGGCCUGCCUGGCCCUCGUGGCCAUCAAGCUCUUCUACCAUGCCUGCCCCUCUGUGCUCCGUGCCUUCACCUCUUUCCCGGAGACCCAGGCCAGCGGGGCCGGGGGGGCCUCCCUGGUGGCAGCCAUGGGCACCUGUGUGGCUCAUGCUGAGCCAGAGGAGGACGGAGGUGGCGGCCAGGCCAGGGGCAGCCCCCCCAGGCUGCAUUGCAAUGGAGAGGGCAAGUGGAUGGUCGCAGUCGGAGGCUGCCGCUGCCAACCUGGGUACCAGCCUGCACGUGGAGACAAGGCCUGCCAAGCCUGCCCAGAGGGGUCCUACAAGGCCUUGGCCGGGAACAACCCCUGCUCCCUGUGCCCUGCCCGCAGCCAUGCCUCCGAGCCUGCAGCCCCCAUUUGCCCCUGCCUUGAGCGUUUCUUUCGGGCCAGUUCUGACCCCCCACAGGCUCCCUGCACGGGCCCUCCAUCGGCUCCCCGGGAGCUUUGGUUCGAGGUGCAAGGCUCAGCGCUCAUGCUGCACUGGCGCCUGCCCCAGGAGCUCGGGGGGCGCGGGGACCUGCUCUUCAACGUCGUGUGCAAGGAGUGCGGAAGCACCAGGGAGCCCGGCCGCGGGGGCGCUUGUCACCGCUGUAGGGAUGAGGUGCACUUCGACCCCCGCCAGAGGGGCCUGACUGAGAGCCGGGUGUUAGUCGGGGGGCUCCGGGCACACGUACCCUACAUCUUGGAGGUGCAGGCCGUCAACGGAGUUUCAGAGCUCAGCCCCGACCCUCCCCAGGCUGCAUCCAUUAACGUCAGCACCAGCCACGCAGUUCCCUCUGCAGUCCCGGUGAUGCACCAGGUGAGCCGGGCAUCCAACAGCAUCACAGUGUCCUGGCCGCAGCCAGACCAGACCAACGGGAACAUCCUGGACUAUCAGCUGCGUUACUAUGACCAGGCAGAAGAUGAAUCCCACUCCUUCACCCUGACCAGCGAGACCAACACAGCAACUGUGACACAGCUGAGCCCCGGCCACAUCUAUGGCUUCCAGGUUCGGGCUCGGACAGCUGCAGGCCAUGGCCCCUUUGGAGGCAAGGUCUAUUUCCAGACACUGCCUCAAGGUGAGCUGUCCGCCCAGCUUCCGGAAAGACUCUCCUUGGUGAUUGGGUCCAUCCUGGGGGCUUUGGCCUUCCUCCUGCUGGCUGCCAUCACCGUGCUGGCUGUUGUCUUCCAGAGGAAGCGGCAUGCGACAGGCUACACGGAGCAACUGCAGCAGUAUAGCAGCCCAGGGCUUGGGGUAAAGUAUUACAUCGACCCAUCCACAUAUGAGGACCCCUGCCAGGCCAUCCGAGAAUUUGCCCGGGAGGUGGACCCCACCUAUAUCAAGAUUGAAGAGGUCAUUGGGGCAGGCUCCUUCGGAGAAGUGCGCCGGGGUCGGCUGCAGCCCAGGGGCAGGCGGGAGCAGGCUGUGGCCAUCCAGGCCCUGUGGACUGGAGGUGCCGAGAGCCUGCAGAUGACCUUUCUCAGCCAGGCCGCAGUGCUAGGCCAGUUCCAGCACCCCAACAUCCUUCGGUUGGAGGGUGUGGUCACCAAAAGCCGGCCCCUCAUGGUGCUGACUGAGCUCAUGGAGCUGGGUCCCCUGGACAGCUUCCUCAGGCAGCGGGAGGGCCAGUUCAGCAGCCUGCAGCUGGUGGCCAUGCAGCGGGGAGUGGCCGCCGCCAUGCAGUACCUGUCCAGUUUUGCCUUCGUCCACCGAGCGCUCUCUGCCCACAGUGUGCUGGUGAAUAGCCACCUGGUAUGCAAAGUGGCCAGGCUUGGUCAGAGCCCUCAGGGCCCAAGUUGUAUGCUUCGCUGGGCAGCCCCAGAGGUCAUUGCACAUGGAAAACAUACGACCUCCAGCGAUGUCUGGAGCUUUGGGAUAUUGAUGUGGGAAGUGAUGAGUUAUGGAGAACGGCCCUACUGGGACAUGAGUGACCAGGAGGUGCUAAAUGCAAUACAGCAGGAGUUCCGGCUGCCCCCACCUCCUGGCUGUCCUCCUGGACUACAUCUACUUAUGCUGGACACUUGGCAGAAAGACCGUACCCAACGUCCCCACUUUGACCAGUUAGUGGCUGCAUUUGACAAGAUGAUUCGCAAGCCAGACACUCUGCAGGCUGGCGGGAGCUCUGGGGACAGACCAUCCCAGGCCCUCCUGAACCCUGUGUCCUUGGACUUUCCUACUCUGGAUUCACCUCAAGCCUGGCUUUCUGCCAUUGGACUGGAGUGUUACCAGGACAACUUUUCCAGGGGUGGCCUCUGCACCUUCAAUGAUGUGGCUCAGCUCAGCCUGGAAGACCUGCCUGCCCUGGGCAUCACCCUGGCUGGCCACCAGAAGAAACUGCUACACAACAUCCAGCUCCUGCAGCGGCACCUGAGGCAGCCAGGCUCAGUGGAAGUCUGAGGUCCUGGCAGGAAACUGUGACUGACGAUGCUUAGGACACAGCCGGGACACAGGCCCAAGGAGGGAUGUGGGAGACAUGAGCAGUCUCCAUCUUGGCCUCUCAUGCCCAGUAUGCUCAACCCAACCCUCAGGAUGCUUCCUUCUCCUGCCCUCUGUCCCUUCCCACAAUCCUUCCCCACAUUAAAGGGAAAGAAGGGAUUUUGCAA